UCACUAUUAUCAUUUAGACAAAAGAUUGUUGAACAGACAUUGUGCGGUGCAUCAUUAGCGCCGGCCUCCCUCUGUGGCCAAACCACAGCCAACAUUUAGUGCAAUUACCCCAGUAGAGAACAACUGUCAAUCAUUCUUAAAGGGGAAGGAUUCUAAUCAUUAAACCUCUUAAGUGUUUUCCUCUUCCACCGGCUCUCUGCGUGUCAGGCCAACGGAAAACCUAAAUGUGAGUGCUUCAGAAUUUUUCCUCACUUCUGGGAAUUAAGUGUGUAAUUUUUCGGAAUAAUUUUACAGUCGGCAGCAUCUAAACAAGGUGCACUGCGGCUAUGAAGUUAUAGUGUGUCUUUUGCGGAGAUGCCUGGGGUCGACAACCAAACUGUGCAGUUUUGACGACCCAACAAGUUGACGCAAAAGACAGACCUUUAAAGUGGCGUGCUGGGCCCUAAAUCCAUUCGCCUUCACUUCUCUCACUGUCUCCAGCAAGAAUCAAAACAUUUGUAUGAACACAGUGCAAAAACUCUUUUCUCAAGGAGAUUCGCUACACAAGCAGAUUGGAUGCAUUUGUCACCGGAUACAAUGAAUAUGGGGGAUGACGGCUGUCUCUCGACGGACAAUUACCACGACCUGGGUAAAGGCGGCUCUGGAAUGGGCGGUCGCGUCCACAGCAUUGAUGUGAUUCUGGGCUUCAGUAAGGAUCAGGACCCUCUGCUUAAUCACGUUGGCGUACAUAAAGUAGACGGACCUGACCUGGAGGAACAAGAGAAGCAAAUGAACUCUGACCCCUACAGUCACCUGCAGAGUCUCUCUGAUAACUCUCAACAGUCUGUUUAUCAUGAUACAGGUCUUUUCUCUACAGAGAAGUGUGACAGUGAUUUAGGAGAUCCCAGGAGUACUAUGAAGAGUGAAAGCGGUUCCCCAGACCCCACUGAUGAGGAUCAACCUAAAAAGAAACACAGACGCAACAGAACCACCUUCACGACCUAUCAGUUGCACGAGCUUGAACGUGCCUUUGAAAAAUCCCACUAUCCUGAUGUGUACAGUCGAGAAGAACUGGCUACGAAAGUCAAUCUGGCAGAAGUUCGGGUUCAGGUGUGGUUCCAAAACCGACGUGCAAAAUGGAGGCGACAGGAGAAGAUGGACACAAGCACCAUGAAAAUUCAUGACGCUGCAAUGUUGUCCUUUAAUCGGCCACCCAUACCCCCGAACAUGGGGUCUGUGAGUAAUUCGCUUCCCCUGGACCCUUGGUUAUCCUCCCCGCUCUCCAGCGCCACCUCCAUGCACAGCAUCCCGGGCUUUAUGGGACCGGCCCAAAGCCUCCAACCUGCCUAUCCGAGUCACCCCGGGUUCCUGAAUUCCUCCCCGGGCAUUGUUCAGGGAAUGCAGUCCAUGCCACCUCCUCCUUACCAGUGUCCCCCUGUAUUUAAUGAGAAGUACCCGCUGGAUGACGUGGACCGCAGCUCUAGCAUUGCGGCUUUGAGGAUGAAGGCCAAGGAGCACAUUCAGUCCAUGGACAAAACCUGGCAGCACAUGUAACGGGGGACAUUUUGGACACUGUUCAUGUAAAGGACGAAAAGCAUUUUUUCGAUAAGAGUUCAGCCAAAUGCCACAGUCGAGACUUGGCAACACACAGCUCAACAUUCAGCAUAUGUACUGUAGUGAGAGGAUGAAUGUAUGUCUGACAAAGAACACAAUGGCUAAUGCUGAUGAUCAAAUCUGAUUCUUUUGGUAAUCACUGGCAACAAAGCACUGUUGGUUUGGGAUUUUUGAAUUUAAACCAAGGUGUGUUGGUGAAAGCAACCUAUAGCUGUUGAGCUUCUUAGGACUGCAUGUGGUUUGGUGCCAAGCUUCUCUAAGCUUCAGACUGAAGAUUCACAUUGGCUAUUUUAAAAAAGGACUGCACAGCUCAGGACAACUUAUACCUCAAUGUCUGUUCAAGGUCAUAUUCUACCAGCAAGACAUGAAAAACUCAUGAACGUUUGUGACUGUUAAAGUUGUAUUUUCAUAUAAAAAUAAGACAUAAUUAAGAUACAGGAGUUAGAUUUCUUAAACUGAAAUGUUAGUUGUUUUUACAGACCAUGUUGUGGAGAUAAUGUCUGUGUAAAUCACCUGCAGAUGAAACAGUGCCACAGUUCUGUCUGCUGGGUUUUGACAUCAUAAAAAAUUUGAAGAGCUGAGGGUUCACAUCUUAUGUAAAUCUCACAAAAAAUCUUAAUGCAAAGGAGAAAAUAAGAAAUUUGUUUUUGCACAAAGAAAAUGAAGCCUAUUUUUAUUGGGAGAAUGGUAACUGAAUGAACGAAUGCAAGUGAAUUAACCAAACAUCUAUCCAAAUUUUAUGAUCAUUGAAUAUAAUAACCCCUUUGAUUCAAGAUUUUGUCUUUUGGAGUCAACUCAAGAUAGUCAAAAUGAC